AUGGAGGCUUUAUCGUCGUGGCCGAAGUGUGUCCGGGCCCGAGGAUUUCCGAAGGAGGCAACUCUGGCCACCUUGCUUUUGUUGGCCCUUUUGGUCACACCACAAUUUACCGUCGCAUAUCCAAGGUUCUUUCUUGACCCCAACCGUCGCCUCGUGCCCAGCGAUCAACAAUGCGUGGCGCAUCCGAUCAAUAGGACUACAAAGCACGGCAGCCCAAUUAAUGACAGCCUUAUCGCCUUUGAGUUUCGCGACGUCGUGGACAACACCCUCACGGACAUUCUUUGUCCUGGAAGUGAAUAUUCGCUGCAGGUGUCUUUUGGAGGCGUGGCCCGCGUCGCAUUGCUCAAUUCCAAUCCGCCUCUCAUCAACUUCACGUCACCCACGCCCACCGAUGGAUGCCCCAAUCAGGUCGCACUGGGUUUUGCCACUUUGAACUCCUCCCCCGUCCCCGCCUCCUCCUUCUCCACCAGAUUCAAAGUCCCAUGCAGCGCUGCGGAUGGGUGGCAAUUUCUGUGGGCUACUCAGCGUUUGGCGGUUGCGGCGGCUAAUUCAGCUGCUGGUGAUGCUGCGGGAGGAGGAGGCGGGUGUACGGCGGCGGUGGCGGCAUGCUCUCAGCAGCUGACGUCAUCCUCCCGCUUGUGCGGUCCCAGUUCGUUGGGGUACGACUGCAUGGCCGCAUGGCGCAACGUGACCGUCCACUGGAGCGUCAACACCACCUCGGCCCCCGCCAACCCCUGCACGCCCGCCACCAAAACGAUUCUUGGGGCCGAAGUCGUGACAGCGAACGGCAGCUUGCACAUGGCUGUAGAGUCAAGGGCUCCGGGCUACGUGGCCCUCGGCUUUGCUGCGGUCGCUGGCAAGAUGGUUCCCAGUGACAUCAUCCUUGGCUGGGUGACUAAUAACGAUACGGCACCCUCCGUCGGCACCUUUGAUGCCAGCCAGAGCGGUCGUUUGUCUGCCAACAACAACACUAACAACUCUUGGGCGUACGACCGUGGGAUGUCGUACAACGCCGCAACGGGCGUCACCACGUUGUGUUUCAGCCGUCUCCUGUCGGACGAUCGCGCCAAGUCCGUUCCUGACCUUCGGGCUUCCUCAGGCUAUCAAUGUACGGUUGUGCAGGAUAAAGUUAUUCUCCACUGGUCGGUCAACCUCAGGACCGCGCCCGCCAACCCGUGCACCCCGGCGACCAAGACCUCCAUGCCGGAUAACGAGAUCGCCCAGUACGGCAACUUGCAUGUUGCGGUCCAGUCGGCGACGCAAGGCUACGUGGGUCUCGGCUUCCCAGAGAACCCUGGAGAUAUGUACGACAGCGAUAUUCUGGUGGGCUGGCUGGAGAAUUCCGGAUCAGCCUGGGUCAACACCUUUCACGCGACGAGAAACGGACUCAGCAUGGGUGACGUGGUCUCGCCGUCAUGGGCGUACGACACGGGUGUCGUACGCGACUCAUCUGGCCUCACGACCGUCUGCUUUAGUCGCCGCCUCGUCGAUAGCCGCGCCCGGGUUUCUUCCGACUUGCGCGCGGCGAUUGCCACGAACAUCAGUAACAGCGGUAACAGCGCUGUGGGCGGCCGCCGCCGGCUGGAAAGUACGGCUGGUACGGACUCCCCUGAAGACUCUCCACGGCUCGGCUUCAUCUGGGCCGUCAGUUCCACGAACGCCCUGGUGCAGCACCGAGAUGGCGACGCAGCGGGUUUCUAUCUGGAUCUUUCCAACGGGUCGGCAGAGCCGGCAUUGGAUUCCGAGGACCCCCGGCACUGGAUCAACGUGCACGGCGCGCUGAUGGCUGUGGCGUGGGGUCUGCUACUGCCGCUGGGUACACUGCUGCCGGCGCACAGGUGGCUGUUGGGCGACGCCAAGGUGUUUGGCAAGCAGCUGUGGUUCGUGAUCCAUGCCUUGUGUCAGUGGACCGGCGUGUCGUUGUUCAUUGCCGGUUUCGUGGUGGCGUUUGUGAAAUUCGACUUUGGAUCGACCGAGCUGGCGGAGUCGCACGAAAGCAUCGGCAUUGCUGGGUUGUGGGGGUUUGAGGGUGAGGGCGAGGGCGAGGGUGAGGGUGAGGGCGAGGGUGAGGGCGAGGGCGAGGGUGAGGGUGAGGGUGAGGGCGAGGGCGAGGGUGAGGGUGAGGGUGAGGGUGAGGGUGAGGGUGAGGGUGAGGGUGAGGGUGAGGGUGAGGGUGAGGGUGAGGGUGAGGGUGAGGGUGAGGGUGAGGGUGAGGGUGAGGGUGAGGGUGAGGGUGAGGGUGAGGGUGAGGGUGAGGGUGAGGGCGAGGGCGAGGGUGAGGGUGAGGGUGAGGGUGAGGGCGAGGGCGAGGGCGAGGGCGAGGGUGAGGGUGAGGGUGAGGGUGAGGGUGAGGGCGAGGGUGUGGUGUUGGCGUACAUCCGACCCGACCCUGACCACCCGCGCCGUGGCCUUUGGAACCUGAUCCACCACAAUCUGGGACGAGCAACCAUACUGCUGGCCUGGGCCAACGUCUACAUCGGCAUCUAUCUGAACCGCAACAACUGGGGUGCUAGCUACGCGGCUUGGGUCACCCCCAUUGCCGCUGUCAUGGGACUCUUGGUAAGUCAGUCCGGCCUGGUACUGCUCGAUGUGUCGCUGCGGUUGGCAGGACGCGGCAAGAAGCAGGAGCUCACCGCGGUGCCGGCACGAGGGGACACCUAUGCUGUGGCCGUGGGCGACAACAACAACAACAGCCCCAAGGGGUCCUACCGGGGGGGGGGAGGCAACGGAACCAAGAGUGCACCACCACCGUCCACAGAGCGCACAAGCAGCAGCCAACAGUCGUCCGACCAGAAGGAGGAGGACGGAUGA